GGCUUUAAGAGAGAGAGAGAGAGGGAGACAGGGAUCGAACGGUCACGAAGCAACACAGAGAGCCGUAAAAACCAGCGCCGAACAGGGAAGAGCCACUCUAUCAGCCACCUCUUCCUCUUCCAAAUCUACUCUAGGGUUACGCUUUUCUUCCCAGAUCUCAACUCGCAUUGCAGAUCUAGGGCUCAACUCGAGCUCUAGGGCUUCCAAGGUUUGUUUCUCAUGGCGACUCCCUUCCACUUGCCCGUCACUGCUGCUCAGGUGGGGACGUACUUUGUCGGGCAGUACUACCAGGUACUUCAGCACCAGCCCGAUUAUGUUCACCAGUUCUACAGCGAUAUCAGCACUAUGCUUCGCAUCGACGGGAGCACGAGAGAGGCGGCCACUGGAAUGCUGCAAAUCCACACACUUGUCAUGUCUCUCAACUACACUGGAAUAGAGAUCAAGACGGCACAUUCUCUUGAAUCUUGGAAUGGAGGGGUUCUUGUGAUGGUUUCAGGUUCUGUUCAUGUAAAGGACUUCAGUGGCCAGAAGAAAUUUGCACAGAUUUUUUUCCUUGCUCCUCAGGAGAAAGGAUACUUUGUUCUCAAUGAUAUCUUUCACUUUAUUGAUGAGGAUCCUAUUCAACAUCUUCCAGUAGCUUAUUUACCCCAGAGCAAUCUUGACUCUAAAGUACAUGCUCCAGCUACCAUUGGCGAACCAGCACCCAACUAUAUGCUGGGUGGUGAUACCCAGGCAAUGGAAUUUGUGCCUCCUGCUGAUAUAAAAGAAAAUGGUCCAGUUGAUAACUACAGUUUCCCGGAGCAACGGCUGCAGCAUGCCCCAGAGGCUGAAAGCAUUCUUGAAGACAGUUUUGCACAGGCAAAUGGUUCUCUUCAAAAUUCAAUGAAAACUGCAUCAGAGCAAUUGUCUGUUCCUGUUGAAGAACAUAUUGGGGAGCCCCAAAAGCAUACUUAUGCUUCUAUUGUUAGCAAGGGACAAUCUGUAAUGUCAACACCACCUCAUGCCUCAUCCAACAAAUCUGUACCUCCUGUUUCUGAGUGGAAUCAUGUGCCAGAACAACCUGCUCAGCAGUCUGAACCAUCAUCGCUUGCUUUUGAAAAUUCGGGGGCUGAGGGUACAGAGGAAGUAUUAGCUGUUGAAGAUGAAGGUGAAAUUAAGUCAGUCUAUGUGAGAAAUUUGCCACUUACGGUUUCUGUUUCCCAAAUUGAAGAGGAAUUUAAGAAGUUUGGUAAACUCAAGCCUGAUGCUGUGGCCAUUAGGAACCGAAAGGAUAUUGGUGUUUGCUAUGCGUUUGUAGAAUUUGAAGAUAUUACUGGUGUUCAAAACGCAAUCAAGGCUUCUAUGGUUGAGAUAGGCGGACAAGAAGUAUUCAUUGAAGGACGGAGAGCAAACAGAGCCAAUGUAUCUCGAGGAGGAAGACGGGGUAGAGGCAGGGGUGGUUACUUGGAGGCUCCCAGGGGGCGUUUUAAUUCUCGGAGUUAUAGUAGGGUAAAUGGCCAAGAUGGUGGUGACAGGGACUACAACAGACCAAGAGGCAAUGGUUUCUACCGACCUGCUGCCCGGCAAGACAGAGGGCUUUUGAGUAACCAAGUAUCUAGGAGUGGACCAAAACAGUCGGAGUGAGAUUCCAGUUGUACUCCAGCGCCAGGAAUAAGUUUUUGAAGUCAUCAGAGUUGGGCACAUUCACAUCAUCUCAAGACCUCAAUAUUAUUUGUAGGGGACACGUUUGAAACAGAUGCAACUAGGGAGAUCCAUUACGAAUUUUUUGAAGGAAUUGUUUUGGAUUCCCAAUUCUUUCUCCUUUGUGGACUUCAUAAUUUAAGAGGUAAUGAUUUCGCAAUUUUGAUCUGAAAUUGGACUUUUUAUUGGUGUGUGUGCCUGUUGUAUCGUCCUUGUUUUGGGAUUCUUUUGUUUCUAUAGAUUUGAUCUCCCAGCUCUUUCCUGUAGUAGUUUGUAUUUACAUAUUCUCAAAGAAAAUAAGCAUUAGAUUCUUCUUCUUGUCC